AUGACAACGUUACUUGCUGGAAAGGUCGCGGCAGUUACAGGCGCAGUGACUGGCAUUGGACGAGCUAUCGCCCUCGAAUACUUGCGCCAGGGAGCAGCCGUUGCUGUAAACCACUAUCCGGACUCCAAAUCAGACGAACAAUUCAAAAGCAUGCAAAAAGAGGCUGGAGCUGGCGCAAAGCUCAUUGCUGUACCUGGUGACAUAGCGAAGCCCGAAACAGGCACCGAUUUUGUCUCCAAGACAGUAUCCGAAUUUGGCAGGCUGGAUGUGUUUGUGAGCAACGCUGGCGUGUGUCAAUUUGCCGAGUUUCUAAGCCCCGAGCUUCUCAAGUCGACCGUGUCCAUCAACCUCGAGGGUGCUUUCUUCGCCGUCCAGGCCGCGGCUCGUCAGAUGAAAGAGCAAUCGCCCCAAGGCGGCAGUAUCAUCGGUGUUUCGUCCAUUAGUGCUCUCGUUGGUGGUGCUGGACAAACACACUACACACCCACCAAGGCAGGCAUUCUAUCUCUUAUGCAGAGUUGCGCCUGCGCUCUGGGUCCGUACAACAUCCGAUGCAAUGCCUUGCUACCGGGCACAAUCCGUACUCAGCUCAACGACGAGGACCUGGCAGACCCCAAGAAGAAGGAAUACAUGGAGGGUCGCAUCCCGCUUCGAAGGCUAGGCCAACCCCAUUCUGGUGCACAGAUAUUAGUAGACGGCGGUGCCUUUGUAAAUUUCCAAUAG